GCAAAUGUAUGGGUAAUUUGAUAAAGUUUCAUCGCAAAUAAAAACGACCGCACUGUUUAUUCAACGUACGGUUGUCAAAAGUUUCGCAACAUCAAUUUUGAUUCAGUUUUGUAAAGUUUGGAAUUUCUUUUUUGGUGUGAAAAAUGGCAAAUGUACCGAAGAUUCUCAUGAACAACGGAUUGUUCAUGCCCGGUUUUGGAUUGGGAACAUUCGAGUCAUUUGGUUUAGCCGGUAGAGCCACUAAGCAUGCGAUUGACGUUGGUUAUCGUCACUUUGACACAGCCCGAUUGUACGCGAACGAAGUGGAGGUUGGACAAGCCAUUCAGGAGAAGAUCAAAGAAGGUGUUGUGAAACGUGAAGAAAUUUUUAUUGUCACCAAAUUAUGGAACACCGACCAUGAGCCGGAAAAGGUUGAAAAAGCAGCCCGUCAAAGCUGUGAGAAACUUGGAUUGGGCUACAUUGAUCUGUAUUUGAUGCACUAUCCAGUGGCUUUCAAAGAACGCACUCCGUUUGAGGACUGGCCGUUGAAUCCAGAUGGCACAUUUGAACAUGUCGAUGUCGAUUAUAUUGACACAUGGAAGGCAAUGGAGAAACUGGUUGACUUGGGCAUCGUCAAAAGUAUUGGCAUUUCAAACUUCAACAGUCAGCAAAUAGAUCGUUUGUUGGCCAACUGUCGCAUCAAGCCCGUAAAUAAUCAGAUCGAGGCUUCUCCACAAAUCAAUCAAAAGAAGCUGAUAAAAUUCUGUCAAGAGCGUGACAUCAUUGUGACAGCAUACUGUCCAUUGGGUCGACCGAUUCCAGCUGAAAAGAAGCCUUCGUUUUUGUAUGAUGACAAAUUGACUGCUAUCGCGAAGAAGUACAACAAAACUGUUCCACAAGUCGUUUUCCGUUAUUUGAUCGAUAUCGGAAGCGUUCCAAUCCCAAAAUCAGUGACACCUAAGCGAAUCGAAGAAAACAUCGACGUCUUCGAUUUCAAACUCAGCACCGAUGAGAUCAAGUACAUUGAUACAUUCAACACCGGCGAACGCGUGAUACAUUUCACCGAAUCACGUCACGACAAACACUUUCCAUUCAACAUCGAAUUCUAAUGUUUGGAUAUCGAGUUCGACAGGAAGUUUUCCAAAACAUUCAAAUUUAAUUUUUUUUUAUCGAAAAGUCAAAUUUGGGCUUAAAAAAAAGAAAUAAUGAAAAAAUGAGAACAAAACUGUAUUAAAGAUCACCUUAUCACAUUUUGCACUGUCACAACUGUUCAAAACAUAGCAUUGAUACUCAAAUUACGUAAUAAAUUGAUUAAAUUAUGCAAUGAAUUUAACGUAGUUGAUUAAAACAACAACAAUACUAAUCUUGGUUGAA